GUUGCACGUAGUGAGCGCGAAUGUAACUUUUCCAAGUGUCACGUAAUAUUUUAUUUGGAUUUUCGUGUUAAAGGAUUGUAUGGAAUAAUAUUUUUUCACUAUUUACGUCAAAUAUUUAUGAUGACAAUUUUUUUUCGGAACAAAAGAUAAAUUGAAAAUACAAUGAGUUUCAUCAACAAUGAAACGAACGUCACUCUUAAUAUAUCGGAAACUUUAGACCCCACGCACAUUUUUGGACCGCAACGAGAUUCCUUACUCAUAGUUAUUCCGAUAACAAUAAUAUACACUGCUACUUUUGUCACAGGGUUGUUUGGAAAUAUAUGUACAUGUAUAGUCAUAACGCGUAACAAAAAUAUGCACACAGCAACAAACUAUUAUUUAUUUAGUUUAGCAAUAUCAGACUUGCUUUAUUUAGUUAGUGGCAUGCCCCAAGAAAUGUAUUCAAUAUGGUACAAAUGGCCCUACGUGUUUGGGGAAACCUUCUGCCUGGUCAGAGGUUUAGCUGCCGAAACAUCAACGAAUGCUAGUAUUUUAACAAUAACUCUCUUUACAAUCGAAAGAUAUUUAGCGAUAUGCCACCCAUUCGUUUCUCACAAAAUGUCGAAACUCUCACGAGCAAUAAAGCAUGUUAUCUUGUUGUGGAUUAUAUCGCUUGCACUGGCGUUACCCCAGGCGCUUCAAUUUGGCAUAAAAAUUCAUAAAGGCGUUACGAUGUGCCUACAAACAAGGGUGAUUAUUAGACAUUCCUUCGAAUUGUCUACGAUAUUUUUAUUUAUUGCACCAAUGCUUGUUAUAACAGUCCUUUACUCGCUAAUUGGACUUCGAUUGAAUAAAUCAAAUUUUUCAAAAGGAGUAACGGAGAAGAAAAUACAAAAAAGCAAACGAGUGAUUCAGAAAAUCCACAGGAAAAAUAGUACUCAGUCGACUAGGCGAGUUGUAAAGAUGUUGGUGGCCGUAGUUAUAGGAUUCUUUAUCUGUUGGGCGCCGUUCCACGCACAAAGGCUCGUCGCAAUCUACGGAACAGCUGAGAAUCACUUAGCAAAAUCGUCUCUGCUGCUGUCAGCUUAUCACUUCUUAACAUACACUUCUGGAGUCUUUUACUACGUGUCGACCUGCAUUAAUCCCAUAUUUUACCACAUAAUGAGCAACAAAUUCAGGGAAGCAUUUAAGGUUACAAUAGCCCAGUGUUGCUGUCGGGAGACAACGAGAUCAGUUACGAAGCGGUGUUCAUAUACAGCUGUACCAUUCUCCCGACAACCUACAUCAAACGGAUCGAUGAACUCUGGUUCCUUCAAACAGCAGCUGAGUAUAAAAGAACUGCAACCAGAAUAUACCUGUACCAAAGAAAACAUUCCAACCUCCCGAGUUUUUAAAGUUUGUGAGAAAUGUAAACGUACAUUUUCUGUUCCCUCUCUGCUGGAGCUUAAAAGUUGUAGCCAUAAAGGCCAUACUGAUACACAAAUUGCUAAUAGUGCUUAAUCAGUAUAAAAUAAUAUAGGACUUUAUUGAAAUAAUUAGUGUACUCGAGAUUAAUUAGUUCGAUUUGCAGGUUUGUUAUGUGAUUGUAAUGCAUAGAAAAUGGAACACAAGUAGAAAUGUUAAAGAACCGACUGUUUCGAGACUAGUUUGUUUAAAAAACUUAUAUCUGCUUCGAGUGCUUUUACCGUCGGCGUUUUAGUUCAUAAGAGACUACUAAUUUUUAAUGGCAUCUACUAUUGGAUUGUUGAGUUGAAUAAUAUUAAAUUUAAUUUUUUUUCUCUAUAAGCCUUUAGCUAUAUUAUGAUCUGCCAUAAAAAAAUAAUUCAGUUUUCGUUACUGAUUUUAUAAUUCGUGCAUUAUUACUUUUAAAGUUUUAAGCAAUGCAUUAUUCUGUAGGGGUCCCAUUACUUAACAUAAUGAACGUUAUCGCCUACAUAGUACAUUUAAGAAAUUAAUUUUUCUUUUCACUAAUUUAUUAUUUAUCCUUAAAAUACAUUUUGAAUACAAGGACUCCAAUAAUUCAAUGUAUUAUUAUUAUUAACCUUUAAUUUCAGUUUAAACUUAAUUUUUAUAUUUGAAUAUCGCACACAAAAUAAAUAUCAAAGAAACUCAACGAUUAUAAGCCAUAGAAAAAACAUAACUAUUUAAGUUUAACUAUGACUCUGUAUGACAUCUUUAUUAUAUACAUUGAGAUAAUUAUUAUUUUUUCGAACCUUAGGUAGUUGCAGGGUGUAUAGGUACAUAUAUUUUAGCGAAUAAUUAGAACUGUUUUAAUUUAUAUCGACAUUUUACAUUUGAAAUUUUAUAUGACACGACGUUGUUUCAUUUACGGGUCUCACUUACUUAUCGUUACAUUAAACCAAAUAUAUUAUUGUAAGGUA